AUGGAAAAUACUCUGUCUAAACCAGAUGAGGAUAAAAAUCUUAAAGAUGAAGAAUUUUUCGGAUUAAUUAAUCAAUUAACAAUUCAAAAAUUCUACAUCCCAAUCAAACUCAAUGUAGGUAACUUUGACCUUGAAAUUGAAACUCUGUUUGUCACAGGGGCAGAUUCAAACUGCAUUCAAGAAGGUCUAAUUCCUACUAAAUAUUUUGAAAAGACUUAUGAACGGCUUAGUACUGCUAGUGGUUCAAAACUUCAACCUGAAGUUCAACAAAAAAUCAAAGUUUUGCUUGAACAAAUCCAGAAUACAAUCUGUUCUGAUCUUCCAAAUGCUUUUUGGCAAAGGAAAAAACAUAUCGUAGAUCUUCCCUAUGAAAAGGAUUUUAAUGAAAGGCAAAUCCCAACCAAAGCUCGUCCAAUUCAAAUGAGUGGUGAACUUCUUGCCUUUUGUCAAAAAGAGAUUGCUGAUCUCCUUGCUAAAGGUCUCAUCAGGAAGAGCAAGAGUCCUUGGUCUUGUUCUGCCUUCUAUGUCAACAAGCAAUCUGAAAUCGAGCGUGGAACUCCACGGGCUAUUGAAUUUGCUGACAAAUUUCCCAAUCAAAUCAUUGAUAAAACUCAACUACAAAGAUUUCUUGGUUGUUUAAAUUAUAUAGCUGACUUCUUUCCCCAGCUUAAUAAUCUGAUCAAGCCUCUCCAUAAUCGUCUUAAGAAAGACCCUCCUCCCUGGACUGAUGUUCAUACUGACGUAGUCAAACAGGUCAAAGCUAAAGUAAAGGAACUUCCUUGUCUUUAUCUUCCCAAUCCUCAGGCUUUCAAAAUUGUUGAAACUGAUGCCUCAGACAUAAGUUAUGGUGGCAUUCUUAAACAGAGAGUCUCAGACAAAGAGCAUAUCAUUGCAUACACUUCAAAGCAUUGGAAUUCAGCACAGCAAAAGUAUUCCACUGUCAAAAAAGAAGUUUUAGCAAUUGUUUUAUGUAUUUCAAAAUUUUAA